GCCAUGAGAACCGUCCUAGUCCUCCUGGCUGCCGCCGCCGCUGUGCAAGGAUUCGGCAUCCACCGAGGAUUGGAUGCGAGCCUAGCUCAAGCUCAAGCACAGGCGCAAGCAGCAGGGUUGGGGCUCGGCAGUGGACUUCUGGGUGGAGGAGCAGGGCUGAGUGCUGCUCAGGCACAGGCGCAGGCACAGGCUGCCGGGCUGGGCGGCGGCUACCACGGCAUCUGGAAGCGCCACGCCCUCUACGGCUUGGGUCUGACUGACUCCCUUGCCCAGGCUCAGGCCCAGGCACAGGCAGCUGGGCUCGGGGGAGGUUACUAUGGUGGGGGUGGUGCAGCCCUCAGCCAGGCCCAAGCACAGGCCCAGGCUGCUGGGUUGGGCAGUGGCUACCACGGCAUCUGGAAGCGGCACGCCCUCUACGGCUUGGGUCUGACUGACUCCCUCGCCCAGGCUCAGGCCCAGGCACAGGCUGCCGGGCUUGGGGGUGGGUACUACGGUGGUGGCGGCGCAGCCCUGAGCCAGGCACAAGCGCAGGCGCAGGCUGCUGCAGUUGGGCUCGACUACUAA